AUGACACCCCUUGACAUUCGCUCCCAGCCGCUCCCAGCGCUCCCCGCGAUUGCCCCCUCCUUCCCCCUUCACAUGCCCGUCGACCUCGACGCGAUCAUGUUGGAUCUUGACCCGGACUAUGCUCCUACGCCCGUGGUUGAUCCUGAACUCGAGCGCCAGUAUCAAGCUGAGCUCGCGGCUACUCGUGAUCUUGAGUACGCUAACUCCAUGAAGAUGCUACAGUUCUUCUUGAACGCGAACGCGAGUGCCCGUGUGGCCCCUGCACCGCUCCGCGAACGCGUCAACCUCAGUAAGUGGCAGCUCUACGAGCAGCCCGAGCAUCUGAAGCCUCGUCCAGUUCCCGCUGCCGCGCCUGUCAAGCCGGCUAUGGACCUUCUUCAAGUUCCCAAGGCGGAUGCUCCCCGUCCGCAGACACCCAAGCUUGACGUCAAGCUGGACCCAAGUGUCAUCGCCGCCGCUGUCGCCGUCCGCAAGAGGCGCCGCGGUGGCUUCUAA